AUGAUUUCUCUGGUUCUUCACAAGUGGAUGAGGAAUAUUUCUCCUGAGAUGCUGCUGCUGCUGCUGGUGGUGCCAAUAUUGUGGUUUUUACCUCUGGCUGGAUCGGCUCCUUCUCUGACUACCGAGCAGCUGGACAUGGGGGUGGACUGGCUGAGUAAGUUUGGCUACCUCCCGCCACCUGAUCCUGUAACUGGCCAGCUUCAGACCAAGGAGGCUCUGACCAAGGCUAUUAAAGCCAUGCAGAAGUUUGGAGGGCUAAAGGAGACUGGAGUCUUGGACCAAGCCACGCUGGGUCUAAUGAAAACACCCAGAUGUUCUCUCCCAGAUAUGUCAGAAGCUGAGGGGACAAUGGGGCGCAGGAAACGAGGUCUGACUUCUCAGAACAAAUGGAAUAAGAGACAUCUGUCCUGGAGAGUGAGGACGUUCCCCAAAGAUUCUGCCUUGUUGGGCAGGGACACUGUUCGAGCCCUCAUGUACUACGCCUUGAAGGUCUGGAGCGACAUCGCACCACUUAACUUCCAUGAGGUAGCUGGAAGUAAUGCAGACAUUCAAAUCGACUUCACUAAGGCCGACCACAAUGACGGAUACCCCUUUGACGGGCCGGGGGGCACAGUGGCACAUGCAUUUUUCCCCGGAGAGAGAUUCACAGCUGGAGAUACGCACUUUGAUGAUGACGAGGCCUGGACCUUCAGAUCUCCAGACUCUCACGGGAUGGAUCUGUUUGCAGUCGCAGUCCAUGAGUUCGGUCAUGCCAUCGGCCUGGUACACACCUCAGCAAUGGAGUCCAUCAUGAGACCAUACUACCAGGGUCCUGUGGGAGACCCUCUGAAAUAUGAUCUACCCUAUGAAGACAAAGUCAGAGUCUGGCAGCUCUAUGGUGUCAGAGACUCAGUGUCCCACACAAAUCAACCAGGCAACCCCUCUCAGACAGCUGAGCCUCCUGUCCUGCUAGACCUUCCUGAAAACAGGUCCACUGUCCCGCUGGCACGAGAUACCCCAGACAGAUGCACCAGUCACUUUGAUGCAGUGGCCCAGAUACGAGGGGAGGCCUUCUUUUUCAAAGGGAAGUACUUCUGGAGGCUAACAAGAGAGAAGCAUCUGGUGUCUCUGCGUCCUGCUCAGAUCCAUCGCUUCUGGCGGGGCCUCCCAACCAAUCUGGACAGUGUGGACGCAGUGUAUGAGAGGCCUGGGGACCACAAAAUAGUGUUUUUUAAAGGUUUAAAAUACUGGGUAUUUAAAGACAAUAUUGUGGAGGAGGGUUACCCUCGUCCCAUCAGUGACUUUGGCCUACCUUUGGAGGGUGUGGAUGCAGCCUUUGUUUGGCUGCACAACGACAAAACCUACUUCUUUAAGGACAACCGCUACUGGCGCUACGAUGACCACUUGAGACGAAUGGAUCUGGGCUACCCUAAAGACAGCAACCUUUGGAAAGGGCUGCCAUCACAACUCGAUGAUGCCAUGAGAUGGUCUGAUGGCUCGUCCUAUUUCUUUAAGGGGAAGGAAUACUGGCGAGUCCCAGGCAGUGACAUGGAGGUGGAUGCAGGAUACCCCCGCCUCAUCGCAAAGGACUGGCUGUUGUGCACAGAGAUGCAGUCGGACUCUCCGGACACGCAGCCCAAAAGCACAGAGACGAGAGUCAACGUGCACCGCCACCCAGACCACGCAGAGAAUGGUUAUGAGGUGUGCUCCUGCCACCUCUGA